CUGUUUCCUCGCCCUCCGCCGAGAAGAGCGGCUUGCCCGCAGCUGCUGUGCCUUUAAGAGCCGCCCGGUGCGCAGGCAGCUCGGACUGGGGAGCUAAGCGGCUUUGCAAAGCCAGGCAGGCGCUCUCGCUUUCUCCGCCGCCCUUUGCUGGAUCUGCUCCGGGGCAGCCGGAGAGGAGGAACUCAUCAGGCCGUGACACGGGAGUCGCUUUUCGCGGGGACCGUUUUGCACGAUUAGGGGACGCGGGAUCAGCCAGGUGUUGCUGUUCCUUGAAAGGAAAGGGGCUGAGCUAAGAGAAGUCCUUAUUAAUCCCAAGAUCCUGCCAGAACCAUGCCAUAACACUCGAGGUCUCUCCAAGCAAAUCGUCCAGAAGAGGGAGUUGCCGAUAGAGGUGUCAGCAGCUGAUGGGACCAUGCCACACCACCGAGGCUAUCUCCGGUUACUGGCUGCUUUCUGCCUCACCUUCCUCUUCCUCACGUUCGCCGCCUCUUAUAAGCCUGUCAUCGUUGUCCAUGGCCUGUUUGACAGCCCUUCUGACUUCCAGAUCUUGCUUAAUUUCAUCAAUGAGACUCAUCCGGGAACCAACGUUUCAGUUGUAGAUUUGUUUGACCGAACUGAAAGCCUGAAAUCUCUAUGGAUGCAAGUGGAGGGGUUCAGACAAGUGAUUUACCCUAUUAUGCAGAAUGCUGUUGAUGGGGUCCACCUUUACUGCUACUCACAAGGAGGACUUAUUUGUCGUGCUCUGCUCUCUACGAUACCCGACCACAAUGUGGACACCUUCAUCUCUCUCUCCUCCCCGCAAAUGGGGCAAUAUGGGGACACCAAGUACUUGAAGUGGCUCUUUCCACACUACAUGAAGAGCAACCUCUACCGCCUCUGCUACACACAGCUGGGUCAAGAUGUGUCCAUCUGUAACUACUGGAAUGACCCACACCACAGAGAUCUUUACCUCAACAAUAGCAAUUUCUUGGCCGUGUUGAAUGAUGAGAGACUUCACCCCAAUGCAAGUGCAUGGAAGAGAAACCUUUUGCGCAUCCGCAAGCUGAUUCUGAUCGGCGGCCCAGACGACGGGGUCAUCAUGCCCUGGGAAUCCAGCAUGUUUGCCUUCUAUGAUGUUAAUGAGACGGUGAGGGAAAUGACAUCUCAGCCGGUCUACCUCCUUGACACGUUUGGCUUGAAGACUCUGCAUGCGCGUGGUGACAUUGUUUUCUGCAAAAUGGCCAAUGUUUCUCACACGAACUGGCACGCCAACCGCACUGUGUAUGAUGCCUGCAUUGCCAAAUGGCUGACGUAGCUGGCCAAGCCUGGGAAAAGGAAAAGGAAGAGAGACUGUGUCCAAAAACUCGAGCUGCGUUCUCUGACCUCAACUUGGCAUUUCUCCUCUCACAAUGAAAAAAUGUCAUCUGCCUGUAACUUUUCUAGGAUUUUUUUUUUUUUUCACAGCAGAAGGAACUUUUUC